CCACACUGGGGGAGCAAAUCAUUGUACUAUAAUUGUCUAUAAUUUUUAAUAAUCUUCAAUAAUCAUGCUUUUGUGAUUUAUUUUCCUUUUUGUUUGAUCGGUAAUAUAAGCCACAAAUAUUUAAAAUGUUUUUGUCAGAAUUCCGGUUCCACAUCUCCAUGGCAAAUUGAGCUCAGAUUUCAGGUUGGUUGUUUGUAGCAUGUUUCCAUAGUCACCAGUGUUUGCAUUAACAUAGUUGUUAAGUUGGACCGUGUGAGAGUGUGUGUGUGUGUGUGUGUGUGGUGUAUUGGGGAAACCACUCAGUGGACUCAACAUCUUGAAGUGUAUUAAAAUGGUAAAAGGGGGAAAGCAAUAUUCUUCAAUGAGCAACGAUGGCAAAUGGUUUGCUCAUUCAGUAUCACCAGGUAAUGAGACAAGGAAUCGUGGCACUUGUACGAGCACUGGGAGCAUGCUGACUCAGGUUCAAUCAUCAGUGCCUCAGGCUUUGAACUAUGAGCACUAUCCUAAAUGGAAAACUCAACAGAAAUCCAGAGAGUAUCCAUUCUCAGACCAUGACAACAAGCAUUCCUUAAAAGACAACAUCUCUGUCUUCACUCAUGGUGUGGGACGCAGGAAAUGUCUUGAUGAUCGCAGACAGCACAAUUCCCACUUCUGCCUGUGCCAUGAUGGAGCUGACAGCGGCACUGCAGAGACUGGGGGGAACAUCACAGCCUACCAGACUGACUUUACGGUGAAGGUGGCUGUUAAUGUUCCAACCAGCACCAGACGGUUCCCCCGCAACCACAAGCAGAAGUCUGCAGAGGCAGCUUUAGCACAGGCAGGGGAGCAAUUCAUGUGGUUUGGACAAAACGACUCUGACCUCUCAGAGACCCUGCAAGUGCUGGCAUGUACCAACUGCUCAGCACCUUCCAAGCCCUAAGAUACUCCUGCAUUUAAGGCACUAGAUGGCAUCAUUGAGAGGAAAUAGUGCAGAGAGGAUCAGGGGAAUUUUCUCGAUUGUCCUGCUGUCAAAUAAAGACCUGAAUUCGAAACAUCAGAAAACAUUUUCUCUUAUUUUGAGAGUAUUUAGACA